AACAACAACAACAACAACAAUAACCAUGAGAGUGGACAGUAUCACGACCAGGCCUAUAACCAGGGCGGCGAGAAUGAUUCCGAGACUUUCAGUGACUUCACCAUGAGGUCAGACAUGGCUCGUGCCACUGACAUGGACUACUACGGCCGUGGCGAUGAAAGAUAUAACAGCUACGCUGAGGGAGGAGCCCGUGGGUACCGGCCCCCUUCCUCUCAGGUCUCCUAUGGCGGAAACCGCUCCUCUGGCGCAUCAACCCCCAACUACGGUAUGGAUUUUGGAAACGUUCUCCCUGCUGGCCAGCGCUCGAGGGAACCUUAUCCUGCUUGGACCUCGGAUGCACAGAUCCCCCUGUCUAAGGAGGAGAUCGAAGACAUUUUCAUGGACUUGACCGGCAAGUUUGGUUUCCAGCGUGACAGCAUGAGAAACAUGUACGACCACCUCAUGAUUCUCUUGGAUUCUCGAGCAUCCCGCAUGACUCCCAACCAGGCUUUGCUUUCGCUUCACGCCGACUACAUUGGUGGCGACAAUGCCAACUACCGAAAAUGGUAUUUCGCUGCACACCUCGACCUCGACGAUGCCGUUGGCUUUGCCAAUGUCAAGGGCAAAGGCCGCAAAAAGAAGUCCAAGAAGAGCAAGGCUGCCCAAGACGCCCCCGACGAGCAACAAGCCCUUGAGGAGCUUGAGGGCGAUGACAGCUUGGAAGCUGCCGAAUACCGCUGGAAGACGCGCAUGAACCGCAUGUCCCAGCACGACCGCAUUCGCCAGAUUGCCUUGUAUCUUCUCUGCUGGGGUGAAGCCAACCAAGUUCGUUUCAUGCCUGAAUGUUUGUGCUUCGUUUUCAAGUGCGCCGAUGACUACCUCAACUCUCCUGCCUGCCAGAACAUGGUCGAGCAAGUUGAGGAGGGCACCUUCCUUAACAACGUCAUUACGCCGUUGUAUCAGUACUGCCGUGACCAAGGUUAUGAGAUUUCUGGUGGUGUAUAUGUCCGUCGCGAGCGGGACCACAACCAGAUCAUCGGUUACGAUGACUGCAACCAGCUCUUCUGGUACCCCGAGGGCAUCGAGCGCAUUGUCAUGGAAGACAAGAGUAAGCUGGUGGACGUCCCACCACAGGAGCGCUACCUCAAGCUGAAGGAUGUCAAUUGGAAGAAGUGCUUCUUCAAAACCUACAAGGAGACUCGGUCGUGGUUCCACAUGCUUGUUAACUUCAACCGCAUCUGGGUAAUCCACUUGACCAUGUUCUGGUUUUACACUGCUCACAAUGCUCCGUCUCUUAUUUUGGGUAGCAAGUACGAGCAAGAGGUUAACAAUCAGCCGACUGCUGCUGCUCAGUGGUCAAUUGUCGGUGCCGGUGGUGGUAUUGCCUCCCUGGUCCAGAUCAUCGCCACACUUGCAGAAUGGUCAUAUGUUCCGAGACGCUGGGCGGGAGCGCAGCACUUGACUAAGCGUCUCUUGUUCCUCAUCGUCGUCUUCCUGAUCAACGUUGGCCCUAGUGUGUAUGUCUUUGGCAUUUCUGGGGGCCAAGAUUCACAGGUUGGUCUGAUUCUGGGCAUUGUCCAGUUCUUCUUCUCUAUCGCCAGCUUCAUCUUCUUCUCAGUCAUGCCUCUAGGUGGCUUGUUCGGAAGCUACCUGACUAAGAAGAACUCCCGUCAGUACGUUGCCAGCCAGACAUUUACCGCCAGUUGGCCGCGCCUCCAUGGUAAUGACAUGGCCAUGUCUUACGGCAUGUGGGCCGUUGUCUUCGGCGCCAAGUUUGGAGAGUCUUACAUCUAUUUGACACUCUCCCUUCGUGACCCUCUGCGCUACCUUAGCAUCAUGAAUGUCGAUGAUUGCUUGGGAGACGCGAUCAUUGGCAAGGUACUUUGCCAGAAGCAGCCAACCAUCACUUUAAUCCUCAUGAUUUUUACCGAUCUGAUUUUCUUCUUCUUGGAUACCUAUCUGUGGUAUGUCAUCCUCAACACGGUCGGUUCGAUUGCCCGGUCUUUCUACCUUGGUUCCUCCAUCUGGACGCCUUGGCGAAACAUCUUUUCCCGUUUGCCCAAGCGUAUCUACUCCAAGAUCUUGGCAACCACCGACAUGGAAAUCAAGUAUAAGCCAAAGGUCCUGAUUUCACAGAUUUGGAAUGCCAUCGUCAUCUCCAUGUACCGUGAGCAUCUUCUGGCAAUCGAUCACGUGCAGAAACUUCUUUAUCACCAAGUUCCGUCUGAGCAGGAAGGCAAGAGAACACUCCGUGCACCCACUUUCUUCGUUUCCCAGGAAGAUCACUCGUUCAAGACAGAGUUCUUCCCCAGUCAGAGCGAGGCAGAGCGCCGUAUUUCUUUCUUUGCACAGUCUCUGUCUACACCUAUCCCUGAGCCACUUCCCGUCGACAACAUGCCCACCUUCACCGUUCUGAUCCCCCAUUACAGUGAGAAGAUUUUGCUCUCACUAAGAGAAAUUAUCCGUGAGGACGAGCCUUAUUCUCGUGUUACCAUGUUGGAAUAUCUCAAGCAAUUGCACCCUCACGAGUGGGACUGCUUCGUCAAGGACACCAAGAUUCUCGCGGACGAGACUUCCCAGUUCAAUGGUGACGAGGAGAAGAACGAAAAGGACACUGCCAAGAGCAAGAUUGAUGACCUGCCCUUUUACUGCAUUGGUUUCAAGUCCUCGGCCCCCGAAUACACUCUUCGAACUCGUAUCUGGGCAUCUCUGCGAUCUCAAACUCUCUACCGCACCAUUUCCGGUUUCAUGAACUAUAGCCGUGCCAUCAAACUUCUGUAUCGUGUUGAGAACCCAGAAGUCGUUCAGAUGUUCGGUGGCAACUCUGACAAGCUGGAGCGUGAACUCGAGAGGAUGGCUCGUCGCAAGUUCAAGCUGUGCGUUUCCAUGCAACGCUUCGCCAAAUUCAAGAAGGAAGAAAUGGAGAACGCCGAGUUCCUUCUUCGCGCUUACCCCGACCUUCAAAUUGCGUACCUCGACGAGGAGCCUCCGCUGGUCGAGGGUGACGAGCCACGCAUCUACUCCGCCCUUAUUGACGGCCACUCUGAGAUCAUGGAGAACGGCAUGAGACGCCCCAAGUUCAGGAUUCAGCUUUCUGGUAACCCCGUCCUUGGUGACGGAAAGUCGGACAACCAGAACCAUUCUAUCAUCUUCUACCGCGGAGAGUACAUCCAGCUUAUCGAUGCCAACCAGGACAACUACCUGGAAGAGUGUCUGAAGAUUCGUUCCGUCCUGGCCGAAUUCGAGGAAAUGAAGACUGACAACGUUUCACCAUACACUCCUGGCGUCAAGAAUCAAGCUUUUGCCCCCGUUGCCAUCCUAGGUGCUCGUGAAUACAUUUUCUCAGAGAACAUUGGUAUCCUUGGUGAUAUUGCUGCUGGAAAGGAACAGACCUUCGGUACCCUCUUCGCGAGAACCCUCGCACAGAUUGGAGGCAAGCUUCAUUAUGGCCAUCCCGAUUUCUUGAACGGUAUUUUCAUGACCACCCGUGGCGGUGUUUCCAAGGCCCAAAAAGGUCUUCACCUGAACGAGGAUAUCUACGCUGGUAUGAAUGCUGUACUCCGCGGUGGGCGUAUCAAGCACUGCGAGUAUUAUCAGUGCGGUAAAGGUCGUGAUUUAGGUUUUGGUUCUAUUCUGAACUUUACAACCAAGAUUGGUACUGGUAUGGGUGAGCAGAUGCUCUCCCGCGAGUACUAUUACCUCGGAACACAAUUGCCUCUCGAUCGCUUCCUGUCAUUUUACUAUGCUCAUCCUGGUUUCCAUCUGAACAACAUGUUCAUCAUGCUUUCGAUUCAGACAUUCAUGAUAACUCUUCUCAGCUUCGGCGCUCUCCGACACGAGACGAUUCCUUGCGACUAUAACCGAGAUGUUCCGAUCACGGAUCCGUUGUAUCCAACUGGCUGUGCGAACACUGACUCACUGAUAGACUGGAUCUACCGCUGUGUCAUUUCCAUUCUAUUCGUGUUCUUCUUGUCAUACAUUCCUCUCUGUGUACAAGAACUGACAGAACGUGGUCUCCUGCGCAUGGCAACUCGAUUGGCGAAGCAAUUCUGCUCCCUCUCUCCGUUCUUCGAGGUGUUCGUCUGUCAGAUCUACGCCAACUCUGUGCAAGAGGAUUUGACAUUCGGCGGUGCCCGUUACAUCGGUACUGGUCGUGGUUUCGCCACAGCUCGCAUUCCCUUCGGUGUGUUGUACUCGCGUUUCGCCGGCCCUUCGAUCUAUUUUGGCGCGCGUUGCUUCAUGAUGCUUCUCUUCGCCACAUUGACAGUGUGGCAGUCGGCUUUGACCUACUUCUAUAUCACAGUCCCAGCGCUUCUGGUCUCGCCAUUCCUGUACAACCCUCAUCAAUUCUCCUGGAACGACUUUUUCAUCGACUACCGUGACUAUUUGCGCUGGUUGUCACGUGGCAACUCCAAAUCUCACGCGGCCUCGUGGAUUGGUUUUUGCCGCUUGUCUCGUACCAGAAUCACUGGCUAUAAGCGCAAAGCCUUGGGUGAUCCAUCCGGGAAGCUCUCUGCCGAUGUGCCUCGCGCGGGAUUCACCAACGUUUUUGUCGGAGAGAUCGUUGCCCCUCUAAUCUUUGUCGCUGUUACCUUGAUACCGUACCUAUUCAUCAACGCACAGACGGGAGUCUUUACCAACGACAACAGUGCCAAGGCUACAAAUGCCCUGAUACGCGUUGCUGUCGUCGCAUUCGGUCCUAUAGCCGUCAACGCUGGAACGCUUGCUGCCAUGUUUGGCAUGGCUUGCUGUAUGGGACCACUCCUGAGUAUGUGCUGCAAGAAGUUUGGUAGUGUGCUGGCUGGAAUCGCCCACGCCGUCGCAGUGAUCAUGCUGCUUGUUUUCUUCGAGGUCAUGUUCUUCCUCGAAGGGUUUGAUUUCACCAAGACUCUGUUGGGUAUGAUUGCGGUCAUGGCGUUGCAGCGAUUUAUCCUCAAGCUCAUCAUCGCCCUUGCUCUUACUCGUGAGUUCAAGACUGACCAAUCUAACAUCGCGUUCUGGACGGGCAAGUGGUACUCUAUGGGUUGGCAUUCGGUUUCCCAGCCUGCACGUGAAUUCCUCUGCAAAAUUACCGAGCUGAGCUUAUUCGCCGCUGAUUUCGCUCUCGGCCACAUUCUUCUCUUCUUGAUGCUUCCCCUCAUCCUCAUCCCGCAGAUCGAUAAGCUGCACUCCAUGAUGCUCUUCUGGUUGCGACCUAGUCGUCAAAUUCGCCCGCCAAUCUACUCUCUCAAGCAAUCAAAACUUCGAAGGAGGAGAGUAAUCCGGUUCGCGAUCCUCUAUUUCGCAAUGGUCAUCCUCUUCGUUGCACUGAUUGCUGGUCCGAUCGUGGCUGGCAAGUACAUUCCUUCCAGCCUGACCAGCAAAAUCCCCAUGAACCUGUACCAGCCCAACAACAACUGGGAAAAGGACAACACUAGAAACGAGACCAAAACUGGAACUGGUGCCGCGUCGUACCACGGCGUCGCCGCAACUACCACCUCGAAGUCUACUGCCACCUCGAACAAGUUCCGUUUUGUGUAGAUAUUGGUCUCAUGGGUAUAUAUGUAUCAUAGAGAACAGUGGUGGAGUGGGUGUCCUGCUUAUGAAGCGACUAAUGAAUCCCGAUCCUCUUUAAAUCUGGUGUUGUAUUGCAUGGUAUAUGGCUUUUCUUUCUUUCUAUUUAUACAUCUAGAAUCAGGCAUUAUCACAUUAUUCUACGGUUCUCGAAUCUCUCUGUUAAUGAUAACGAAAUGUGUUUC